UCGCCGUGAUGAACAAUUGGCAGCCCGUUGGACUUUUGUCUCACCUGAAAGGGGAAAAAACAUAUUUAAGCGCUCCUGCAGCCCCCUCGGGGAAACACCAGCGCAGGAGGAGGAGGCGGAGGAGGGGAUGGUAACGAUGACAAGCGGACGUGGACGCGGAUGCGUGUUGGCCCUCCUGACCUUUUGUCCCGGCAUGGUUUUGCUAUGAUGACAUUGUUUGGGCAACACUCGUGCUCUCGGCCAAGCAGGUGGUCUCAAUUGGAAUGAGGAUAACAUGGCCCCUUCUAAUACCGCCAGCAUGAGCAACAGAGGACAAUAAAUCAUGAAAAACUGCCAAAGAUAAUAACAAUGGAGCUUCCAGCUGAGGUACAAUUAAAGGGAUAUCCGUCUCCACUCGCAGCGUCGGACAAAUUGGCCUUUUCAACAAGAGGAGCGUCCACAGAAAGUGCUGUUAACAGCUUACAGGACCUCACAGAGGACGGUCUUCUUGAGGAUCCAUACUGCUCCCAGUUGGAAGGAGGAGGCGACGGACUUGAGGACAGUUCUGUUCGUGGCGGUCUUCAGAACACAACAUUUGUGGAGGAUGUGUCCUUACGGAUUUCACCGCAGGAUCUACGCUCCUGGCCUUUGAAACUAAGUCAGGAAUCACAAAAGGAAAGUUCUGUUUGCGUUAGCCUCAAUAACACAAUAGAAUAUGUUGGUAAAGUUGGUCAGAAUCUGAAUUUACUGAGCUGUGAUCAAGACCACUCUGGUCCUCUUCCUGUCCAAUAUUACAAAGGGGAUGAGCUUCUUCCUGAAGAUCAAAACUGCUCCCAUAUGGACGGACAGGAAGGCGGUUCUCAGUCCUUAGAGCACCGUGAUCAAUUGUCUGCCAUCCUAGGAGAUACUCAAGAUAAAGACCUGGAUUUUUUGAGCUCAUCUCAGAACUGUUGUUGUCCCCUUCCUGUCCAAGACAGAGGAUGCUAUGAUCUUUCAGAUGCUCAAGACUGCUCGCAAAGGGAACUGGUUCCUGGUGGACUAAUGGACAGUUUUGUUUGUGUUAAUCCUAAUAAAGUGGAAUUGGUAAAAGAUGUGUGCGUACGGGAGCAAGGACAGGUUCUUGCAAAUCCAACUGAAGACCUGAGCUUAUUGAGCUUACAAUGCAAUGAUCCUCCUGAGGCUCAAGGCUGCUUACCACUUGAACUGGUUCCGAACAAGCUAGAGGACAGUUCUGUUUCAGAUGAUCUGUGCUCACAUGUGCAAGAACAAGGUAUCAAACUUCUUGGAGAUGCAACUGAAGACUUGAAUGGAAUCAAGCGAUCAGAGAUCAUCUCAACCGACCACGUCAGUCCGACUUCUGAGGAACCUGCCCUCACCAGCCCUAAUUCAACGCCAGACCUGCCACGCAUCAUCAAACUCAAACAGAGUUCCAUCACCUUCUCGGACUACGCGGAGCAUCGCCCUCGCAUCGACGGCAGCUCGGACGAAGGAGAGUCUUCACAGGAAGAGGAGGAAGAAGAAGACGACAACAACGAGGAUGACGACGUGUUCCUGGAGCUGCCGCCCAGUGAGCUCCUGACCAAUCACAGACACAGGAAGGAUGACGUUACGAGGUGGAGCCAUGGCGUACCAGGAAGUGGGCAAUGUGGCUAUGAAGCAGAAGUGGAAAGCAGCAAGGAGGCGUCCCCACUGCCGACGUCUCCCUGGUGUGAGUCAAUGAGUCAGCUGAUGCGGAAGCUGGACCAGCUCCAUUUGGACAUCGAGGAGGCUCUGAGCGCUGGCUCCUCCCCCUCUGACACACCUUGCACCACCCGCAAGAAACAGCGCUCAGCAUUGAACCAAGGCCUGAAUGAGCGAGCAGAAGGACGGGAAUGGCCGAGCCAAAGCGGCGCCUCCGUGGGAACGAAGACGAGAGGCAAGAAAGCGGGUUUGAACAAGAUGAGCAAUGAAGCAGGAGCAGAGGUUGAGGCAAAGGAGGCGUGUGAUUGGCUGCGAGCCGCCGGAUUUCCCCAGUAUGCUCAGCUCUUUGAAGAUUCCCAGUUCCCCAUUGACAUCAGCCCUGUCAAAAGAGACCAUGACUUCCUGGACAAAGAUCUUGUCGAGCCUCUUUGCAGGCGACUCAACACCUUGAAUAAGUGUGCCUCUCUGAAACUUGAUGUCAACCUCCCAAAGAAGAAAAGCGAAGACUCUGAUGAGGAAGACCUCUUUGCCAUCAGUGACAAAUGGACCUUUGAAUGGAGCAGUCGGCGCUGGUCCAGGCUGCAAGACAUUGACUGUUUUCUGGGACACCAAGGACAGGAUCUGUCAGCUGGGGAUAACGCGCCUCUAAGAACCACAACCAGCAGUGAAAGUGUGCUAACGGACCUCAGCGAGCCGGAAGUAUCUUCUGUACAUAGCGGGAGCAGCGGGGGAAGUGGGCCUCGAGGACUCAGCACCGAGGACUCUGACUGCUCCAACCGCACCUGCUCAGAUUCUGUAGCUAUGCCAGACUCGACUUUGCUGACAAUGCCUCACAUCAACAAAGACAUUGGUCAUUAUGGCUCCCUGCCUCAUAAGUAUGGCAAGACAAGUCGCACCCGUGCCAAAGACUUCCUGAAACGCAUGGAGACCUUACGCUCCCGGGGAUCGCUUGCAAGAGGUCGUAAGACGUUAGUCAUCAGUUCUCCCGUGCUGCAGCAGGAAGCCCUCGCUCUAAAGAGUCUGCCGUGUGUUGAGAUUAUAAACGGAGGUCCAGAACCACCGUCCCACAAGGUUCCGUCCCAGUCUAGCAGUGAAGGUAGCAGCCAUUCCAGUGGAAGCGCUGGCAGCACACCCAGCCUUAAAGAGCGCAAGCCAUACCGGGCUGACCACAAGCGUAGUGGCAUGUAUCUAGAAGACGUAGACAUCUUCUCAGGCAACCAAAUCAACAAAGUUGUGGAACAAAAUCGCAAAAAUGAAUUUUGCUCCUACGAGGACCUGGUGGUUCAUAUCCCUAAUGACCACAAGCCAGGAACCUUCCCUAAAGCACUGUCCAUAGAAAGUAUAUCACCAACCAAUGGGGCCUCCAUAAACUGGCACACAGGAAGCAUGCACCUGAACUCUGCGCUAAUAGCAUGCAGGCAGGAAGCCAGGCCUGUCACACAGUGCUGUUCUAGAGGAAGCCGCCUCAGCGUGUACGACAAUGUUCCUGGUUCCCAUUUGUACGCCAGCACAGGGGAUCUAAUAGAUCUGGAGAAAGAAGACCUGUUUCCUCACUUGGAUGACAUCUUGUUGCACGUCAAUGGUUUGCAGCAGAUAGUGGACCACUGGUCUAAAAAUGUACUGCCGGGAGUGGAAGGACUGUCGAAGGUAGAUGGAGAAAGGGAAGGUACGGUUGGUCUUCAGUCCUUAAGUCAGAUCACUUUGGACUUUGAGGGGGAUUCUGUGACGGAAAGCCAGACUACACCUACUGGAGAUGGCAUGUCUCUUUCAGACAUUGAAGCGACAAGGAUCAGGGAAAGGAGAGACUCGGGAGUAGGGGCUUCGCUUACAAGACCCAACCGGCUACGAUGGCCCAGCUUCCAGAUAUCCAAUCGUCUAAGCCACUCGGUGGCAUCGCUGCAAAUAACCAACCAGUCGGCAGGCCAGCUGAGUUUGUUGCAGAAGUUCUCUCUGCUCCGUCUUACGGCCAUCAUGGAAAAGUACUCCUUGUCAAACAAGCACGGCUGGACCUGGGCAGUACCAAAGUUCAUGAAGAGAAUGAAGGUGCCAGACUACAAAGACAAGAAUGUGUUCGGAGUGCCCCUCAUAGUUCACGUGCAACGUUCUGGACAACCACUACCCCUCGGCCUGCAGCAGGCCCUGCGGUACCUGAGGAGCCAGUGUCUUGACCAGGUGGGUCUGUUCCGUAAAUCGGGGGUGAAGUCCAGGAUUCAAGCUCUGAGGCAGUUGAACGAGAGCUCCCCGGACAACGUCAACUAUGACGAUCAGUCUGCGUAUGACGUGGCGGACAUGGUAAAGCAGUUCUUCAGGGAUUUACCCGAGCCGCUGCUCACCAGCAAGCUGGGGGAGACCUUCCUCCACAUCUACCAAUAUGUGCCCAAAGACCAGAGGUUGCAGGCCGUCCAGGCAGCCAUCAUGCUCAUGUCGGAUGAAAACCGGGAGGUGCUGCAGAUGCUGCUUUGCUUCCUGAGCGACGUGACGUCCUCCGUGGAGGAAAACCAGAUGACGCCCAUGAACAUCGCCGUGUGUCUUGCGCCCUCCCUUUUCCAUCUCAACAUCCUCAAAAAGGACAAUCUUUCCCCCAGAGCCAUGCAGAAGAAGUACGCCAGCGGCAGGCCAGACCAGAAGGACCUGAACGAGAACUUGGCGGCCACACAGGGUCUCGCUCAUAUGAUCACGGAGUGCAACCGUCUCUUCGAGAUCCCACAGGAAAUGGUGACUCAGUCGCGCAGCUCGUACGUGGAGGCCGACCUGCACGCGCCCACCUUCGACGAGCUCUUCAAGCAGCUGGAGGACGACGGCGGAACGUACGACAACCACGUGGAGGGCAGGCUUCAAAACCUGCUAAAAGAAGCUCGCGAGAAGUCCAAGUACUGGGUGUCCUGCAGCAGCUCGGAUAAUACCGAGCUGUACUAUAAAAAGGUGGGUGACGGCAACCCGCUGAGGCGCUGGAGAGUCUCCGUGGAGGUGGAAGCGCCGCCGUCCGUUGUGUUGAACCGCGUGCUGCGUGAGCGCCACCUGUGGGAUGUGGACUUGCUGCAAUGGAAAGUGUGCGAGACGCUGGACAAGCAGACGGAGGUGUUUCAGUACGUCCUCAACCGGAUGCCGCCGCACCCCAGCAGAGACUUUGUGGUUCUCAGGUCUUGGAGGACAGACCUGCCCAAAGGCGCAUGUUCCCUGGUUUCUGUCUCAAUGGAGCAUGAGGAUUGUCCUCCUGUCGGAGCGGUACGAGCUAUUGUCCUGGAGUCCAAUUACCUGCUGGAGCCUUGCGGCUCAGGGAAGUCCAGACUAACUCACAUUUGCAGAGUGGAUUUGAAGGGAAGAACUCCAGAAUGGUACAACAAAACAUUCGGCCAUCUUUGUGCGGCGGAAGCCGCUCGCAUCCGCAACUCUUUUCAGCCGCUCAUCACAGAUGGUCCCGAGACCAAAAUCUGAAACAUUGUGAAGACAAAGAUAGGACCCCCCCCCAAACUAUGGCACAGUUAAUGUAAUAUGUUUUUUAAAAUAUUUUGUAUUAUGAUCAUGUUGAGCUCCUCUGCAUUUGCACAGUAACACAUGAGGACAUCUUAUAGGUGUUGAGCAUAUUUACUCCUUGGGAAAUUAAUCAUCCUGCCAAUGUUGAAUCGCAACUUAACUCACUUUGAUAUCAGAAAAACCUCCAUCGUGUAAACUUCUGUGUAUAUAAUAAUACAUAACUGUUGUGAUAUACAAUGUCUAAGACAUUCAAGCUCUUAUAUGCUUCUGGGAAGCAUGUACAUAUUGAUCAUUUAAGAUUAAAAGCUAUAUUAUUAUUAUGAGGUACACACAAGUGUCCUGUGUAUGUGUACAUAAAUGUGUGAAUAUACUGUACGUGUAUAUUGGAUAUUUGUGAAGGGAUUAGUACAGUAUAUAUGUUUGUUUCCUAUAUAUUGAUUUGCCAUCCUGUCAGUCUGCCUGUAUUGCAAACAUGUAAACUGGUUUUACUUCAGUAUUGCUUUUGGAAUUGAUGUCUUUUUUGUUUUUUUCAACUUUGACCUCCUACGGUUGUGAAUGACUUAAGGUGUGACUUGAUCAUGCCUGCUUUUAGGGUACUUGACCGUGCCGCCGACGACAAAAGACACGCUUGUUUUUAAAUAAAACUGAAUAAUAAAAUAA